AUGUCGAACAAUUAUGAGGAUUGGAUAGACACCUGUAAUAUAAAAUUAGCAUCAAUUUUCAAAGAUUUUUCCACUAAGGAAGCUUCAAUAAAAGGGCUUAUCGACAUAUUUAGUUUGAUAUUAUAUUUACCUCCGAAAGAAAUAAUUUCUCAGAUAUUUUAUCACCCUAGUAUUGAUAUUGUAAACAGUUCUAAAAAUCUAUUACUCAAAUAUUUCAAUUUCACUUUUGGUUUAAAAGCAAAAUGGCUAGCUCGUAAAUUGAAAACAAACCAAGAAAAAAUUAUAUUUAUCUUACUUACUAAAUGCUUCAUGGGAUGUGACUAUUUUUAUCAGAAAAAUUAUACGAAAGCGUUUGACUCCUUUAGAUGGUGUCUUAAAUUACUAUAUUACUUAGAGAAACAAUAUAACCAUCAUAAGAACAUCAAAGUCAAUUUAAAUACAAUGAAUGAUAUUGAAUUAUUUUGUAAUAUAUACUGUGCACAUUGUUUUUUAAAAGAUUAUUGUGAAAAUGGAAGUUUUGAAUGGAUGAAGUUAAAGGAAGAUAAAAAAAGUGUUUUAGAUGAAAAAAUUAUUUCAGAGAGUUUACUAUAUGGUAUUAUAAGAUCAUUUAAGGAUUUUUCAGACACAUCCAAGUCCACAACAUUACCUGAAAAGUACAAAGUAAACAAAGUGUUAGAAGUUUUAACAGAAUUACAGUACUUCAUUACUACUUUAGAAUGUAGUUUAAAAGAAUAUGAAGUAGCAGACACACAGAAAUAUUUUAGACUUGCAUUAAAAGUAAAUCGAAAUUCUUUAGUAGAUAUAAUUGAAAAGACUAUUGUAGUAAUGAAUUCCAAACUUUUUGAGGAUCCAAGUAUCAUAACCACGAUAAGAAAUCUCAUUAAGUACAUUACUUUACAUGGAGAUGUCCAGGUAAGUAUAUUAUAUUUUUUCUAUUCUCUUUAUUUAUAUUAUUUAAAUCGGUUUCCCCAUUAUCAAAAUGUGGCUCUUGUCCAACUAGAAAAAGAGUGUAUCGAAUUUGCUGCACUUGUCUGUCAAAAAGUAAAUGAAGACACUAUAAUAAGGCUUAAUGCAGGUAAAAUUACUGGAUCGUUGCCUCAAUUUUUGAUAACACACAGUAAUGGAAAGUUAAUAAUGGUAGAUACUUUCACAAAUCAUAACUCAGAAAAGGAGCAGUUUCAUAUUAGAUUAAAACACAUCCAUGUGUGGCAAAGACACAACAGUACAAAAAAGAAAGAUAAAAAGACAGAUUACACUUCUGGUUAUAAAUGGUUUGAUGACUGGGCUGAAUAUUAUAUCAAAAACUACAAUAAUAAGUUGAACUCUGAACUUCUUGAAAUAUACGAGAGAGUUUCAAAAUCUAGAUAA